AUGUCUUCGGUUCAGGUGCCCAUCGGACACGAAUUCUAUCCCGAAAAUUUCGACGAUCAACGUCUGCGAAUGCACGAGACUCUCAGUGUAAUGGUUGUGCCGCACAUUCAACAGGUGGUUGAAUUCGCCAAACGCAUUCCUGACUUCAGUUCACUCACCCAACCAGACCAAUUGGUAUUGAUCAAGGCUGCUUUUUUUGAAGUUUGGCUGGUCCAGGUGUCGCGCACAAUCUCCCUUACUGAGCGAACGGUCAUGCUCUGUGACGGUAGAACUAUCAAUAAGACUGAGCUCGACUUUGUGUACACGCCGAAUGUUGUGCGCUUGAUGUUCGAAUUCUUCGAGAGCUUCAAUGCUCUAGGCUUGAACGACAUGGACGUUGGUCUCAUUUGUGCUGUUCUUUUGACGAAGCCAGACCGACCAGGCAUAUCAGAGCCCCUAAAAGUAGCAGCAAUACAAGACCGCGUGCUGGCUGCCUUACGCUAUCAGCUAGCGAGUAAUCCCUUGCAGACGUCAAACCUUAUUGAUCAGAUUGUUACGGAGAUCAACCUUCUGGUGAGGGUUACCCGGGAACUGCAAUCUCCCAUUCAAUGGUAUCGCAACAACUGGUAUCGCACUCGUCUGGCUCCGUUGUACUCUGAAAUCUACGACAUACCACUUGACGAAACCGCCGCACGAGUUGCUCAAGCGCAGGCCUAUCCACCGAUUGACUUCAAUUCGGCAGCUCUCUAUGCACCUGUACAAACAUCGAUAGCCUAUAGCGCCGCUGGAAUGUGUUACAUCACUCCUAAGACCCCCCAAACCGUGGUUCAUUAUCACCACUAUCCUAGUGUCUCUACAGCGCAGGUGUAUCCUGGGUACAGCAAUAGCAACUAUUCCAACAUAUCCGUUUUCACUGACCAACCACAGCAGCAGCAGCAACUUAUGUACGUGCAGGGCCAAUCACGGUGGCACACAAGUGCUUUUGAACCCUACUCUACGGACAUGCAAUCAACGGUAAAGGCUCUGAAGUUGGAAGCAGACACGGUUGGUGAUGUUUCAAGGGAUGAGGCGACAUCUACAAGUGCGUAUUCCGAGAGCCAGGCACGAUCUCGAAGCCAGAGUUCACCAGACCCCACAUCCACCGCUUCCUCUGGAUUCGCAUUGGGUGAAAUAAUGUCAAGCAGCAGACUCCUGCCUACCAGUUUCUCUAAAGAUUCAAUGAAGCUGGUAGAUGAAAUGGCAGAUGUGGUGCACAGAGAUACAAAUGCAGCAGACACACGCACAAUAGUGGCAGGGGAUGACCCAUUUAAGGUUUUCCAGAGUGCAGACCUUUUAGCUGGCACAUGCGAAUCUUCAACUACGGUCGACACCGAGCCCUCACAACUCCAGUCGGACUGGGGGGACCUGUCUAGUGCCGACGAGCUGAAACAAGAAUCGGGCACAAUGGACGGACAUAUUCCGACCCUAAUACCGACUCCAGAGAUUAUGGCUGCGACUGAGAGGGAAGAGGAAACACCUACAACAAUUAGACCAGUGGAUGAAGAGGAUUUAAAGGCUGAAAAAUUGUCCCCGGUGGGAAUAAACAACGGCUUGUGA